UUUAUAUCCACCACCACAUCUCUCGAGAACUUAAAAUUUCCCCCUUUGCUUCCAAUGUCCAGCACAAACCAGUGUGUGUCUCCAAAUCUUUUGACACUUGCUUCUCCAAUCUGGAGAUAGAAGACUUGUCUUUCGUUGCCAACAGCAAUAGCACCACCAUCCAGCCAGUUUAGAAGUUCUCAUGUCAACCAUGUCCGUUCACAGAGCAAGAUUCUUCAGAGCCCCUGAAUCUGGUUUGAGACAUCAAACACCCAGACAUGUCCAGAGUCUAGCUGUUUCAAGGGCUAUGAAAAUGGAUUCUCAGUCUUCCCAUAUGGGAAAAGUGGAAGAACUCUCAGUGCAGAACAUGGCAGCAUUACCAGCCCCUCAAAUUGAUACGACAAAGUCUCCGUCGAACCUCCAGUUCGAUAGGAUGCAGCAAUUGGAUCGGGAGUUGUCUCAAGAGAACGUACAAGAGUUCGGACAAUUUGUGGGGCGAGAGGCCUUGCUCGAUGAAGAAUACUGGACAGCAGCAUGGCUACGGGCAGAGAGUCAUUGGGAAGACCGAGCGAACGACCGAUAUGCCGAUAAUUACAAAAGGAAAUUCGCCGAGCAGGAAUUCAAUGCCAUAAAGAGGCGAUGUAGAGCACAAAAUGGGCAGAAAUGCAUGUGCAUUGUCGCGGUCAAGAAGGAACCCAGUAAUGUCAAGCAGACGAUCCUGAAAAGCAUAGUUGGAACGCUCGACUUGAGCAUCCAGUACUUGCUACAUGGAGAGACUUUUCCUGGGGAAAGGGUGAGGGCUCCUCUGUUCUGUCGCAUCAAUGAAGCGGGACCGGCCAGAUACGGCUACAUUGGAAACCUGUGCGUGGCCAAAUCAGCUCGUCGCCGGGGCAUUGCAAGCAGCAUGAUCAGUUAUGCGCUCGAAUCAGCAAAAAGAACUGCAGGAGUGGGGCAAGUUUACGUGCACGUGCAUAGAGAUAACGGGCCUGCGCAAGAACUGUAUAAAAAGAUGGAAUUCAAGAUGGUUGAGCAGGCAUCUGCACAAUUGGUUAAAGAGCGGACUUACUUGCUCUGUCUGGAAAUUUGAACAGUGCUCCGGCAGAAAUACUUGGUUCUUUUCUGUCCCGAACCCGGAAAGAGAGGUUGUGGCCAAGUGCCAUGAAGCGAAAAUUAUUGCCUUGCUUAGAUUUGUCUCACUCAUAUGCUAGUUAUUAGUCAUAAAUCUACCCCAGAAAAAGAGAAUAGAAAGACAGGAGCCGGCGCCUAAUCAAAUUCAUUUGCGGCAACAAGCCAGUUCGUCCUCAAGAAUCAGGAGCAUCGCCCAUGGUAUGGGCACAACCUAAUUUCGGUUGAAAAUGCUGAAUUAAAGGGAAAAGGACACUUGGCUAGAAGCAAAGUCGAGCUCAUCUGAGGUCAUUUGAGUCCAUUCAGUCUUAAUAAGAUUUGAACUCAUUGAAUUUGAGCAGAGAACUUGCUCUGAAGCACACCGCACUGUGCUUAGGUGUCCUGUUCUAUCAAAGACUUAGGGAAUUCCAACAAAUAUUUGUUUGAUUCAAUUCAACAUGACAAAUUUCAAACAGGUGCAACAGUACUUGUCACCGGAGUGAGUUAUUUUUGUAUGGGAAAGGCCACUUCAUUGAAUUCAAGAAGACAUCGUGAUGAA